UAAACCUCAGAAGAAGAAUAAGAACGCUCAAGCCUCGGCAUUACUAAACUGUUCGUUGCUCGGGACAGUGUUUCUAGUAGGUUACAAUUGCCUUUUUUUCUUUUUUCUUUUUGAUACACGCUUUGGAGUUUCGGUCUCUAGGGUUACUCCACAACUAAUGUUCCCUUUUCAAAAUAGUUUUCCAAACCAUGUUCAGCAGCAGUGGUUACCAGGCCCCCCAAGGAUCCGUGGAUACUGGGACAAACAUUAGCACAAAAAUGGACAUCCUUGAAGAAAUGUAUGAGAUGAAGAAAACCUGUGAUUUCAUAAAGAAUAAUUCUUUCAAUAAGGUUGCCCUGCAGUUCCCGGAUGACUUGCUGGUGGACUCAGUACAGAUUGCUUCGCAAAUUGAGAAGGAAACGGGUGCAAAACUAUACAUCCUGGGAGACACAUCAUAUGGCAGCUGCUGUGUAGAUGAGGUGGCAGCAGAGCAUGUAGGCCAAUGUUUUGGAAGGCCCACCCAAAGAGUAAUUUGCAACAACAUUUGGAUGAGUUUUCUUGUUGACAUUGAAACCACCUAAAUUGGAUUUAGAUUGAUUGGAAGAUUGUGAUUAACAAAUCAUUUAAGUGUUUUCUUCCCUGGCAGUAAUUUUGCUUUCUCCUUUUAAGAUGAUCUCCUGGACCUGCUCUCCCCUGAGUAUCCAAAUGUGGUGAAAUCUGUUCUUCAUGUAGAUGGGAAUCAGUGUUGCAUUCUUGGAUCAAUACAGGGUCAGCACAUUGAUUCACCAACACAUUCACACCAGGAUGGAUGCAAGUAUGUUCAUAAAUUUGGCAGAGUGUUCAGCUUGAAAGAAGAGUAUAAGGUGGAGGACUAUAGUAUGUUCUACAUCGGGCAAGAGGGCGCAACGCUAACGAACUUCAUGAUGACCUGGAACCAGUGCUGUUUCAGUUCGUUUGACCCUGAGACAACAGUGUGGCGGCGAGAGACCGUCAACAUCAACCGUGCCCUGAUGAAGCGCUACUACUUGAUUGAGAAAGCGAAGGACGCUGGUGUGGUGGGAAUCCUGGUGGGCACUCUUGGUGUAGCCAGUUACCUUACAAUUAUUGAUCAACUGAAAGAUACAGUUCGCAAGGCUGGAAAAAAAAGCUACGUGUUUGCCAUGGGAAAAUUGAAUGUUCCCAAGUUGGCCAACUUUCUAGAGAUCGACAUCUUUGUCCUGGUGGCUUGCUCAGAGAGUUCUCUUCUGGACUCCAGUGAGUUCUACCGUCCUGUGGUGACACCCUUUGAGAUGGAGGUGGCUUGUAACAAGCACAAGGAGUGGACGGGCCAGUAUGUAACUGACUUCAGAGAUCUACUGCCAGGGGCUUGCAAUGGUGUGAACUUGCCCAGUCCAGACGCCGAUGAGAACGAUGGAGAGGAAGUGGAUGUCUCUCUCAUUACCGGGGCUCUUAGAUCCACAUAUUUCUCCUCCUCUCUGCCUAUUGACUGCAGCGAUGAUACUUCUGUGGUUCAGAGAAACAAGACCCUCACCGUGGCUCACAACAACACAGCAGCCUCUUUCCUGCAGGGUCGUACCUGGCAGGGAUUGGAACAGGAACUGGGAAGAACGCCGGUUGUAAAAGCAGUGGAGGGCAGGAGAGGGAUUGCCAUUGUCUAUGAAGACGAAGGGAAGAACUGAUACUGAUAUUGGUAUACUGAAUGAGAUUUUUUUAAAUAAUACUGUUUGAAACAACAAAUAUGAUGACUUACUCUUAUGAACUUCUUUCCGUGUACAAGGACUGUGAUUCAAUUGGUAAACGAACCUAGCUCAUACAUAUCCUACAUUAAAAUGAAUAGUUUAUUCUAAUGAAGUGUAGCUGAAUGUCUUCAUCAAGAGUGCAAGGUACAAACUCCAAAGAAAGAAAGAUUGCACUACACAAGCCAUGACUGUACAUACACUCACCGCCUUGACAUUAGGCCUUACUUAAGGCCAUUGGCACAACUUAGAGUUUCUGAAAGGUUUUUGGUCUGGAUUUACAUGCAUAGACAGCGGAUGGUGUAAAUUUGCCAGUUCCUGUGUUAAGUGUUAUAGUAGGGUAUUGAAUUAAGAUACAGUCAUUAAGUUAUCCAAUUUGAAUACCAGUAUAAUUUCAAUUACUUAAAAUGGUUAAAAAAAUUUUUUUUUUAAAACUUCACAAUAAUAUAUUGUAAUAUGUAAAUAGCUUUGUUCAUUGCUUUCAUUGACAGAAUAAUGUUCACAAUAUUUCAAUGGGAGUAAAGGCUUUGGGUUUUUACUUAUAAUUGCUGUAAAUAGAUUUGUAAGAAAAAUUGGAAGAAAACAUUUACACUAUUUAAAUUUGAGUAGUUUUAUUUAAUUUAAUUUUUUUCAUUUUCUGUGUGUUUCUGAUUAGCCCAGGCAAUUUUUUUGUGAUGAAACAUAUUUUGAAAUUUAUUGCGACAUGCUCUUUAUACAAUGGCUAGUGUAGGGGCAUUUACAGAUUUGGGCAAUUUUACAGAUUGACAGGUGGCAGUGUAGUGAAAUGGGAAUUGGUCUUGGAACCUAAAGGUUACAGGUUUGACUCCCUGGUAGGACACUGCCAUUGUACCCUUGAGCAAGGUACUUAACCUGCAUUGCUUCAGUAUAUAUCCAGCUGUGUAAUUGGAUGCAAUGUAAAUGCUAUGUAAAAAAAUAAAUAAAGUUGUAUAACUGGAUGAGAUCAUCUAAUAAAUGUAAUGGCAUUUGUGGUUUAAAGGAAUAAAAUGCAUUUCAAGUAAUUUGAUACGA